AUGGAAAGCAACAAUACAUCCUCCACAGACUUCACCUUCAGAGGGCUAUUCAUCAACAAGGACAUCUCAGGUCUUCUUUUUGCCCUCAUUUCUAUCAUCUUUUUCACAGCACUAAUGGCUAAUGGUAUCAUGAUUUUCCUAAUCCGCACUGACUCACGCCUUCACACCCCAAUGUACUUCCUCCUCAGUCAUCUCUCCUUCAUUGACAUGAUGUACAUCUCCACUAUUGUGCCCAAGAUGCUGAUCGAUUAUCUGCUGGAUCAAAGAAUCAUCUCAUUUGUGGGGUGCACAGCUCAGCAUUUCCUCUACCUCACCCUAGUGGGAGCUGAGUUUUUCCUGCUGGGGCUCAUGGCCUAUGACCGCUAUGUGGCCAUCUGUAAUCCUCUUAGAUACCCUGUCCUCAUGAGCCGUCGGGUCUGUUGGAUGAUCAUAGUAGGCUCCUGGUUUGGGGGCUCUUUGGAUGGCUUCCUCCUAACCCCCAUCACCAUGAGCUUCCCCUUUUGCAAGUCCAGGGAGAUUAAUCAUUUCUUCUGCGAGGCACCAGCUGUCCUGAAGUUGGCAUGUGCUGACAUAGCACUCUAUGAAACAGUGAUGUAUGUGUGCUGUGUUUUGAUGCUCUUGAUACCUUUCUCUGUGGUGAUUGCCUCCUAUGCCCGAAUUCUGACCACAGUCCAUCGUAUGAGCUCAGUGGAGGGGAGGAAGAAGGCAUUUGCCACCUGCUCAUCUCACAUGACGGUGGUGACCCUGUUCUACGGGGCUGCCAUGUAUACCUAUAUGCUGCCACAUUCUUAUCACAAUCCAGAGCAAGACAAAGUCUUUUCUGUAUUCUACACCAUCCUCACUCCCAUGCUGAACCCACUAAUCUACAGCAUGAGGAACAAGGAUGUGACUGGAGCUCUGAAGAGAGCACUGGGCAGGUUAAAAAGUACAUAG